AUGAGGGGCCCAUCCGCCUUAUCGCUAUCGCGGGCACUUACACGCCGCCCUCAUCAUCUUCAUCAUCAUCAUCAUCGCGCGCUAUUCACCACCCGCGGACAACGACAACAACAACUAGCCGCUCUCUUGACCUCUUCUCCUCUGAACACACCAAAAAGAACCUACUCAACCCAUCCCCCAAACGCCAAACUCAACCUUCCCACCGAUUACUCCACCACCCCCCUCCUCUGCCACACCACCACCACAGCCCUCACCAACCCCGAGCUCCCCCCCGAAACCCGCAACGGCACCACCAAGCGCAUGAACCUCUUCCAAGCCGUCAACGACGCCCUCGCCACCGCCCUCGCAGAAGACGAAUCAGUCCUCAUCUUUGGCGAGGACGUCGCCUUUGGGGGUGUCUUCCGCUGCACCGGCAAGCUCGCCGAGACGUACGGCGCAGACCGCGUGUUCAACACCCCCUUGACAGAACAAGGAAUCAUGGGUUUCGCCAUCGGGGCCGCGGCCGAGGGGAUGAGGCCCGUGGCCGAGAUUCAGUUUGCCGAUUACGUCUACCCUGCUUUUGACCAGCUUGUCAACGAGGCGGCCAAGUACCGGUAUCGCGACGGGGCGUGCGGGAGGAGCGCGGGGGGGUUGACGGUACGAAUGCCUUGCGGAGGUGUGGGACAUGGGGCGUUGUAUCAUUCCCAGAGUCCGGAAAGUUUGUUUACGCAUAUUCCUGGGUUGAGGGUGGUUAUGCCGCGGUCGCCGUUGCAGGCAAAGGGGUUGUUGCUUGCGGCGAUACGGAGCAAUGAUCCGGUUGUUUUUAUGGAGCCAAAGAUUUUGUACCGGGCGGCGGUGGAGCAGGUGCCUGCGGGGAGUUAUGAGCUGCCGCUGUCGAAGGCGGAGGUGUUGAAGAAGGGGGAUGAUGUGACGGUUGUGAGUUAUGGGCAGCCGUUGUACAAGUGCAUGGCUGCGUUGGAGCAGGCGGAGAGGGAUCUUGGGGUGGGGGUGGAGUUGAUUGAUUUGAGGACGAUCUACCCUUGGGAUAAGGAGACGGUGCUCAAGAGCGUGAGGAAGACGGGACGGUGCGUGGUGGUGCACGAGGCGAUGGUGAAUGCGGGUGUGGGAGCCGAGGUGGCGGCGGUGAUUCAGGAGGAUGCCGAGACGUUUGUGAGGUUGGAGGCGCCGGUUGUGAGGGUGGCUGGGUGGAGUAUUCAUACGCCGUUGUCGUACGAGCAGUUUAAUGCUCCGGAUGUUGCUAGGAUAUAUGACAAUAUCAAGAAGGUGCUGGGGUUCUGA